AUGCCGACGUUGCGUACAUGCGAUGUCGUUGAGUGCCCUUUGCUCUCCGAGCGAGACACGAGGCGGUUUGUUGCAAGGAGAAGCGAGGACGGGGAGGAGGGAAAGGGAGAGGAGGAGGGGGAGGGGGGGGAGGAGGAGGAGGAGGAUGAGGAGGAGGAGGAGGAGGAGGAGGAGGAGGAGGAGGAGGAGGAGGAGGAGGAGGAGGAGGAGGAGGAGGAGGAGGAGGGAGGGGAGGGUGGGGGGGGGGAGGAGGAGGAGUGGGGGGGGGAGGAGGAGGAGUGGGGGGGAGAGGAAACGGAAGGGGAGGAGGGAGAGGAAACGGAAGGGGAGGAGGGAGAGGAAACGGAAGGGGAGGAGGGUGAGGAAGAAGGGGAGGGGCAGGAGGAGGGGGAGGGAAGGGAUGCCGAGGGGGAUGAAGCGGUGGAAAGGGAGGAGGCAGCGGAGGAAGAGGAGAGUGGUGGUGAGGAUGAUGACAUCAAGCAUUUUGCGUUGGACCUGGAUGACGAUAGUGAUCACUACGGCAGGGAUAGCUGUCUCUCCCGUGCGGACGAGCUCGAGGCACUGGUGGAGCUGUAUGCGGGGCUGCAGCGAAUGACCGCGCUGCAGGAGAACAAGGCGCUGCCGGAAGCCGCUGAGAAGCUUCCUCCCGGCGCGUCCCCUCAGGCCGUGGCAUUCACCAAGCGCGCUCUUCUCACCCUGCAGAACAACCCAUCGUGGUCGUUUGCACAGAAGCAAAAGAGGAUCGGCAGCAUCGUGCGGGGGUUCUCAUCCUCGCACUGA